GUUAGAGGUUUUACGUAAAGAACCUCUAAUAGUAUUAGAGUAACUAUAUUAGUUAAAACCGCCAAUAAUGUUACCGGUUUUAUAAUCACAAAUAACGACCCGUAAAACCAAGCUCUUAAAACCUUUUUAUUUUGGAUCACAUAAAUCCUCCCUCCUCUAGUCCGGUUGUAGCAAAAGGCAAAUAAACACCCUCCUUACAUUCUUUCUUCUUCACCAGCAGGCUUCAGUACAGGCUAAAGGCUUACAUCCUCUACUCCCUCGCUCACGACGUUGUAUCUGGUUAUUGUGACUUUUGUGAGAUGCAACCUUUCUGAUUUUAUUGAUUGGUAGCAACAUUUUUUGGGUUCAAUUGAUUUUGUUUGAAGUUAAGUGUAACGGAGGAUUCUGAGAGUUAUAGUUUGACAUUGAAUAUGGAUCUCCCUGAUGAUUGUGUUAAUGUAAUUGAUGAUUCUCAAAGUGAUAAUUCCACUACUAUAAUGGAUCUCCCUGAUGAUUGCCUUGUUUUCAUCUUCAAACGGCUUAGUGACGAACGUGACCGAGAAGUGUUUGGACUAACCUGCACUAGGUGGCUAGACAUUCAGAAUCGAAAUCGAAAGUCCUUACAGUUUGAUUGCUCAAUUACCUACACUAGGCAGCUCUCAAGAAAACCGCAUAAGAUUGAUAAACAUGACCUUCAUAGGGCAUUGUCUCGUUUCCCUUACCUACGUUCACUAUCCUUAUCCGGGUGUACUGAGCUACCAGAUUCUGGUCUUAAGCUUUUACAAAGCUUUGGUUCGAGUUUACGAGCCCUUCAUUUGGAUUGUUGUUUUGAGAUCACAGAUAAUGGUCUUUCAUUCGUAGCAAGUGGGUGCCCUUUGUUGAUAUAUAUUAGUCUAUAUCGUUGCAAUAUCACUGAUGUGGGUUUGAAAAACUUGGCCAAGUCUUGUUUGGGUUUGGAAGAUGUUAAUCUUAUGUAUUGUUUGGGAAUUACCGAUCAUGGCAUCAAUGGUCUUGUUCAGAAUUGUGCACACCUUUAUGGCAUCAGAAUCAGCAACUGUAGGGGCAUAAAGGGUGUCGGAUUUCAUGGGUGCUCCCAAACAUUGGCUUAUUUGGAAGCUGAAUCUUGUAAGCUUGAGCCAGAAGGAAUAGCAAGUAUGGUGAGCGGGGGUGGUCUCGAGUAUCUAAACAUCUCAAAUCUUAGCUGGUCGAUUCGUGGAGAUGGAUUAUCAGCAAUUGGGGGAGGGUUUGCAAAAAUGCUUCGGGUUUUGAAUAUGAGAUUAUGUAGGAUGAUAAGGGAUGAGGGUGUUGCACUGAUUGCAAAGGGGUGUCCAUCACUGGUGGAGUGGAAUUUAGCAUUGUGCCAUGAGAUUAGAGUUGCUGGGUGGGAGUCAAUUGCCUUGAAUUGUCACAAUUUGGAAAGACUGCAUGUAAAUCGAUGUCGAAAUCUAUGUGAUCGUGGAUUAGAGGCCUUGAAGAAUGGUUGCAAGAAACUCACUGUUUUGUAUAUGAAUGGGUGUCCUCAAAUUAGUACACUUGCAAUUGAAUUGUUUAGGCUGUCAAGAGGUGAUUCUAUCAAAGAAGAAGAAAUAUUAACAAUUGGUCCAAAAUGGCAAUUUUGGUGGCACCAAAGAAUUUACAUGGAGUAAUUUUGGUAACUGUAGUCUGUAGGUCAUCCUGGCUUCGAACGUUGAAGAAUUUGUAUCAGUUUUGGCUAUUGUUAUACACUUAUAUGAUACGUAUACACAUACAGAGUUACAGACAUACUGCAUACAUAAAUUUUUCCUUGAUUUGA